AGAAGAAUGGCUGCCAUCUCUAGUUUUCGAUUGAUGUUUUUCGUGGAGAUUGCGAAUUCUCUUGUUUAUCGCGGUAUUUAAUAACGUGAAACCAUAUUGCGCGACUCAGUGGCAUCGACUGCGAUGUAAGCGGUGUUCGUGCGCACGUUAUUUCGGCUGCCUUAGUGUCAUUUUCGUCAAAAAAUGUCUGUGUUUACAUCAGAGUUACGAACGAACUUCUGUAUUCCUGUCACAUUAAGCUUAUGGUCUACAGUCCUCAAAUAGCUGAAUCGAGGACUAGACUUGAGGCGAAGGUCGGGCGAAGAUAGCCGGUCGCGCUAGGACUGAUCGAGUUUCUAACUCGUUCUCGAGUUUUCACUUAGUGUGCUCCCGCAAGGCCACCAAAACGUCGACUCCGUCAGUAAUCAAGUUAUCGGGGGGUGGUACAGGUGACAGUGGGGAACAACUGUCCCCAGGGCCUGGCCCACCUCCCCCAGUAUCCUCUCCAUCGGGCAAUAGUAACGAUUGUAAUAGUAAGGAAAACAAGACGAGCGAUGCCGAUGCGAUGCAAAUCGCUGUUUCCGCGGCGACCGAAACUGCGAAAUCUGUACCUGAAAAAAUCGAACAAGAACGCGAGCAAGGCACUGAGGCCGCCGUGAGCUUUGUCCUGCAACUGGACGUGGAGGCAACUACCGCGGCGCCGGUAGCGGAAAAGGAAGAGAAGACCAGCAUCGGCAACGAGAAGCAACGACCAGUGCCGACGUUACUGUUCGCACGGGAUAUAUGGACUCCCGAGUCUGUGACGGUCGCUGCUACCGAUUCCGAUACAGCUACAAGUGGAAAUACCAUGGUGAUCACUAACAGUGGCGAUAUCAAUGCUGCGGUGCCCAUCACUGGCAGUAAACUGCAGUUGUCGCAGUGCAUGGAGCUGACGAGUAACUAUCGGCAGAUAGUUUCAACUGCAUCUGCUCUCCCGACAGUGAAAUCCAUGGUGACGUAUCCCGUCGCCAAGGGCACCAAGGAGCAGAUGCAGAAGAUGAUCGCUGGUUCGCAGACUAACACUACCCAAGUACUGACGACGCGCGUCAUUUCGCAGAAGUUACCGUCACCGUCUAGUAGCCAAGCGCAGCCUGUUCCAAUAACCGCUUUCAGUAUGUCGUCUCCGCAAACGUCUUUAUCAUCUUCUGGUAAUGGUGGUAUUACUUAUCCCUUGCAAACUACUAUAUGUACGCUACAGAGUGGUCAAUCGGCGAAGAAUCAGGAUUCAGCGAUUGGCGAACUCUUCCACGGUAAGCGACAGCAACAAGCAACGGCAACGAGUAACGUGCAAAGCACAUUACACAAGCUUCAACCGAUUCCCGUUCAGCAACACAUGAUCAAUACCGCUGCAACGGUAAAGACCAUUACUACGGCGCCGACAGUCUCGAAUCUUCAGAGAAUACAUGUGAAAGCGGCAUCGCCAAGCAUCGUCGCAGCUGGUCAAUCAGCGCAGACUGUAAAUCUGCAGAAAGUCAAAACUACCAUGACGAAUUUGAGCAGCAAUCAGCCUGUCGGAAUUGUGCAACGUAAUAAUUCUCUAUCCAAAAUACAAAGUGUACAGAAGUCGUUAACUGGUCAGAUUAAUCAAUUAUCAGUCAAUAAUCAGACGACUACAAACAAUGUGAAUAAUUCGCAAAAAAUUCAACAGAGUAAUCCGAUGAUGUUACAGAAAACGACGCAGUCUAUCCCAGCGACGCUUCAGUCUGUUUGCAGCCAGAAGGUACCGUCACUGAACAGUAAUCAUAAAUCGAAUCACAAAACGCAGCAACAAAAUUUGCAGAAGUUGCAAGGAGCUCAAAAGACAUUAGUGAUAACGAAGCAGCAACAGCAAUUGGCCGCACAACAAAUGAAUAAUAUCUCGAAAUCCAAUGGACCCGUUACCAAUGUACAAAAGACUCAAACGAUCGGACAACAACCUUCAACGAGCCAACAAAUGCAACCGUCACAUCAAAGACAAUCAGCGACAGCUGUAUUGCAAAAGUCUCAAACGUUGACAACGAUGCAAUCCGCUAAGCGGAUACAAUCUGCAACGAGUAAUGUUUGUAAGAGCAAUAGCGUACCAAACAUCUCCAACAAAAUAAUUCCGCAGAACUCAAAUGUGCUUACGAUCAACAAGCAACAGCAAAUAACAUCGCAACAGCAGCAGCAGCAGCAACAACAGUUGCAAUCUGCACAGCAACAACCAGUAAUACAAAAGUCGCAGAAUGUGAAUAAUUUGCAGGUUCAAAGAAGUCACAGUAUUACUAAUGUGCAUCAAAAAAAUAUUACAUCCAUGCCAAACAAUCAAAGGCUUCAAUCUGUGAUGAAUUCAAAGGUUCAGCAGCAGCAACAGCAACAAAUGAUGAUGAGAGUAGGCAUAUCAAAGGGUGGUUUAACGCAAGCUCCACAAAAUACGGUAGCUCUGGGGGUCCCGCAAAAAUUGGUAAACACUGUCAAGACUGCAAGCUCCAACUCACAGAGCGACACUGUUCAACAGUCUGUACAAAGAAACAGUAAUCCUGCUCAAGCUGUGAAGACCAUACAGCAACAACAGCAGCCACAGAAUGAGAUCGGUCAAUUGAACGCCCCGCAAAAGCAGCUUGGAUGCAUCAAGACUAUUCCGCCACAGAAACCUGUACAAAGAAAUCAUGUUCAGAAAGCCAGCGGCAUUAAAACCUCGAUGAACACGAAUACAACGUUAAUGAAAACUCAAAGUUCGGUCAUAGUGCCACAAGUAACACCACAGAAAACAAUCAUCAAGACUUUGCUACCACAGCAAACGCCAGCGGUAGCGACAGCAGCCGCAUCGUCCAGCAUAAUGGUUGCGCAUAAAACUUCACCAAUUAAAAUCCAGCAACAGCAGAUACAACAAAAGCAGCUGUUUAUGACGCCACAGUAUACGCAGCAGAUCAGGCAACAAACUGGCCAGAUAAAAACUCUAUUGCCGGUGACUCCAAUUGAACUUCGUAAAGAUCUUGUUGAGAACAAGAACGACGUUGAGCUUCAAAUGGCUAAAGAAGAGGAGCCAGGUGUUCCUAAAUCGCCAGUAAGGAGAAUGCCGCUUCCUUAUGAGUGCCUCCAAUUUGUUCUUCAAGACCAUAAUUAUGGAGCGCCACCACCGCGAACGCCAUCGCCUUCCUCACCACCGUCUCAUCCAAAGCAACAAACCAUUAAUGGAGCUGGCAGUUCCACAACUACUUUGCAGCAUCCUUAUAUUUUUGGUCCAGUUGUGAGCAAUACUAACGCGGAGGAUGACGCCGCCAGCGCAAUCAGUAGUGAAGCGGGACGAGAAGCGGAGCCAGAAGGCGAAGAAACUGAAACCGCACCUGAGGGUGAAGGCGACGAUGAGGACAGUGUUACUAGAUGCAUUUGUGAUUUUGAACAUGACGAUGGAUACAUGAUUUGUUGUGAUCGAUGCUUGGUAUGGCAGCACGUCGACUGCAUGGGCAUAGACCGUUCGAACAUUCCUGACGAGUAUCUUUGUGAGAGGUGUCGACCACGACGAGUCGAUCGACAGCGAGCCCGCGCUUUGCAAAUGCGUAAGCGCGAGGAGCUGCUCAACUCGGAUACGUCAUCUGAUACAUCGUCAACUAGUUCAGCAGACACGGACGUUGGUGUCAACAACAUUGCAACGCAAAAAAAGCGCUCGCUUUCGCAGCAACAAUCACAGGUCCCGAGACGCAACAAGUCCGACAUGGGAUCCGUUCAAACUGCGCAAGUUCGAAAAUUGAAUAACAAUAACAACGUUGCAAAACGACAAAGAAAGGACUCUCAUGCCAGACAAUCGAGUGCCGUUCGCAAGAAAGAGAAUGCCGCGCCAAAGCGAGGACCCGGAAAACGCAAAACCAAAAGGAGAAUGAGCGUUGAGGACAAGGAGGAGGACGUGCAAGAUGCCUGGAGCAGCAACAUGGCGCCUCUUCGACAGUGGAUCGAAAAAUACGAGGAAGCCGUAACAAAUCAUUACAGUCCUGAGUUGCGAGCCAGGAUAUCGAGCAUUAAAGUCAACGGAACCCACAGCGACCUUCGGCAAGCUAAUAUGAGUGUCAUCGCCACUGGUAAAUGUAGACUCAACGUGCAUAGUAAUAAUCUCAAAUUUUUAGUGGCAACGAUGUAUCUCUCACCGAACACCCCUGUCGUGGAAUUACGUGGCAAAUAUAUGCUCAGUACGCAACACCGACCACAACAUCCGCAAGGUAGCAGACAGCACGUUCAACGGCCGGGACCGUUCGUGUUUUUCUACCGUUUGCCGCGCGAUGGUACCGAGGUCUGCGUGGAUACGCGAACUUACGGCAACGACGCGAGAUUCGUACGGCGUAGUUGCAAGCCAAACGCCGAAGUGAAGCACUGCAUCGAGAAAGGCACGCUGCACCUGUACAUCGUGACAACGUGCGCGAUCGAGAAAAAUGCUGAGAUUACAAUCAAACACGAGCAGCACGAUCUGUUACUGUCGCCUAAUCUCAAUUCUCCCACGCUGCCCGUGGUCUGUGCGUGUAACAAUCCGCGAGAAUGCCAGAUCGCAGCGGCGAACCAGCUGAAUCGAAGAAGCAGCAAUGGUGCUCUCAUCGAAAACGCUGAUGGCAGGGAACGAAGACGGCGAGGUAGAAGAAAUACCACCUGCGAGGAGACAGAGUCUACGUCGCCGGUGGUUUCUACCAGCGUCACGCAAACUGUUACGACCGCGACACCGGUAUCUACAGUGACCACUGUGACACCGAAAAAGACAGUCACGACCACGAUUACCACUACGAUGGCCCGUCAGGUUCCCAAAGAGGAAGCCACCGCUGUGGUACAACCAAACGUACAGCCUCAGACAUCACUUAGUUUAAGUCAACCGACAGUGGUAACGCUAGAAACGAAGAAAGAUAAGAAGAAGAUGACGCGAGAAGAAAGGAAAAUGGAGGCGAUUAUGAAAGCUUUCGAGAGGUUGGAGAAGGCGGAGCAGAGGAAGCAAGAGGUCCAGGCGAGAAACGCACAGCGAAAAGAGUCCAGCGGCACACAUAGCGAUAACGAGGACAGUCACCCGACGACGACGGGACAGUCUAAGGGUGGUAAACAGACGAACAAUUCCGAGAGACCGUUACGACGAAAGAGAAGAAAAGGUCGUGCGAGGACGACGAGUUCGUCUCAGUCGCAAAGCAAUACUAACCGUAGAACGAGAUUGAACUCGGCUGACUCCGACGUGUCCUCCGGAGACGAGAGCAAUUCAGUGCAAUCGCCGCCAUUGUUAAAUCAAAAACGGCCAUCCAGCCGAGACGUUUCUUACUCGCAUUUGCAGGCAUCAGUCAAAAACGCAACAUCAAGCGACGGUACCAGCGACAACAUUGGAUCAUCAUCCGGUAAUCAGAGAAUUCCCACGGCAGCCGGUCUUUUAUUGGCUUUAGCGAAUUCAAACGCUCCUGGUCCUCCGAGUUCGCCGCCACUGUUACAGCCUACUCCCGUCAAAAGUCCCACUUGUGACAGUGGAGCCAGCAGCAGUUCGCAGAGUUCCACGCCAUCCACGCCGUUGUCGUCUACUUGUCUCCUGGUAGCCGCCGCGGUCGGUCCGCUAGCUCCUGGCUUUAAAUUCCCCAAGACGAAGAAGGUGUUGAUGAACGAGUGGCUAAAAGAGUCGCCCGAUCCGCCGCAAGCUGUACCUCAGGUGUCACCUGUGCCGGCGUUAUCGUCAACACCGAUCUUACCCAAUUCCAUGAAUUCAAUUUCGUUGUGCGGCAGAUCAGCAGAUUUUCCGUCUCUGUCGACAACAGAUCCGUCUGUAGAGUUUCUGUCGCAGAGUUACGCGGCCAAGAGUCUAGCGACCUUAGUGCAGGCUGCCAACUCGGUUGGUGGCAUAUGCGACUCACCACCGCAACAUAAACAGCAGCAGCAGCAUCAGGCGAUUGCUGUUUCCAGUAACAACAAUAACAACAACAACAACAGUGGUUGCAUCGCAGUGUCGACAGGUUCGGCGAAGAAGCGAUGGCUGCGUCAGGCAAUAUCGGAGGAAUGCGAGUCGCCUAACAGUCGACCGGAGAGCCCACCGUUGCUUAGUGAAAAAGUAGCACCACCCAAGAAGCGGAGAAUAGCUCGAGAGAGCCUGUCGUCAGAAAAUUAUACUCCACCAACAACGCCGACCAUGCUACUCUCGAGUGAGGCGGUACCCAACAGCAGAUCAUUGUGUCCUACCGAAGACGACUAUAUGGAAAACGCGCAGUCACCCGUUGUAGAACAAAAUGACGAGAAGCCUUACGAGUCGGAAUUUGCGAAGGAAGAAAUUAAUGUGGACGGGGAACGCAUGGAUUCCAACGAGUUAGUGGCUCGAGAGAAACUCUCAAUUAACAUUCCUCAAUCAGAUUUUUAUAUAAAGCGUAAGAAAAAGAGGGAACAUUUGGAUAACGUUAAAACAGAGGUAUCUUUUGUAGUGGAAACGGAGAAUGUCACAAUGAACGACGAAGUUUCUCCGAAGUGUGAAAAUAAACAGGAAGCUGAACUUAAUUUCAGCCCGUUACAGAUGGAUUCGAAAAUAUUUGCAAAAAUUCGGGAAGUUGUUGAAAGUAAAAUUGAUUUCGGAUUGAACGAUUCGGAUUUUUCUACGAACAAAGAGUCUUCCACGAAGAAGCAAGCUACCGAAGGUACGGUCGAGAUAAUUGAUCAGGACAAACCUAAUAUCGAGAUGGAAGAACUUAGCUCUCCUAGCGCCAUAAUGGAAUCUGACACGAUUCUGAAACAACGAGUGGCCGAGAUGCAGUUAGAAUUCGGUGGUGGCAUCAACGAGGUCGUGAAUGUCGCCAACAGUGAGGAUGAGAAAUCCGGCGAUAACAAAAAGGUGUCCGAAAUUGCUACGAGGUGUCGAGAGAUCGUCGAGAGAUCGGAUGAUAACAUAUCUAUUGACGAAUUCGACGUCGAGGCGCAGAUGAAAAAGAUCACGGGCGACGACGGUAACGAUUAUGAAGAACAGAUCGACACAAGUUUAGAAAAGGACAAGAGUAUAGACGGAAUAGAGGGUUUGAUGGAGAGCUCGAAAGAAGAUUCCGACUCUGAGGAUAAAGAUAUGGAUGACGAAAAGUAUUGCGAAUCUUCGUUCAAGUUGUUCAGUGUUAAUCACGAGAAGACACUGGUCAAAGAGUCGGAAUUGACUAAGCCGGAACAGAUCACUGUUGCGUUGGAAGAUAACGUGAAAGACACGAAUAAGAAUACGAGUGAUGAGCCUUUGAAAGAAAUAUCCAAGAUGGAAGAGUCGUUCAUUUUCGCGACGUUAUCAGAAGAGUCGAUUUUUGAAGCUGCAUCUUCGAACAUGGACGUGAAGCCCGUUGUAAAUUCUCCGAAAAUCUUUCAUUCGAUUGCACCGUUAAGUGAACGCAUUCGCAAGAAGCCCGAUCCUGCAGCUACGCCUAAAAUGCCAAAGAUGGAUUUUGAGGCAGCUAUUAUAGAAUCGACGAUAAAUAUGGACACGGCGGACGAAUCGAAAAACGGCGAGCAAAAGCUGAUAUUGUCGACCGCUUUACGCGAACUUUUGGAAGCGAAACUGGAUGACGUACCGUCUACGGCUACGGCCACGGUCGAAGUAAUGAAAAAUGACAUUGAUAAUGAAAUAAAUAUGCCGUCACAAGUAAUUAAACCAAUAUCAGACUCCUCUGAACGCAGCUUAGACUCGACUACGGUCCAAGACUCGACAAUGACUCGACAGGAAUCUCUGCCGAUUCCGGUGAAAGAGGAAGAGGUGCAACCGAAGGAGGUAAAACGGUUAAAAGAUCCAAGAACUGUCGUACCGAAUAAUAUGCCCGCACCGCCGACCGUUAAACCAGACGCUGUCCCUCCUGCCAAACGCAAGGUUAGAAAAUUGUCCAUUUCGGAAUAUCGCAAACGCAAACAACAAUCAUCGGUAUGCGCGGCAACCGAGCCCGAGUCAUUGAAUGAAGCUUCCACCGGAAAUAAAAGUGGAGCACGAGGUAGAUCGGACAGCGCCAGCAGCGGCACUUCUUCGCUCAGUUCCGACGAGGAGGGCUCCAAAAUGUCGCUGUCCCUCGAUUUACCGGGUCUUGCAACGUUAACGCCUUUCGCUAACGCCGUUGAGAACGACGAAAAGAAAGGUGGAGAGGAAGGUGCAAUCGGUUGGUCAGCGGCACCAACUACAGUGGAACGACAACGAGAAAACCUUACCGAGAGAUUAAAACGGGAAUUUGGAUUGUUUCUCGGUGACGAAGAUGACGAGGAAAGAGUGCGUAAACAUGGUUUAACAGCUGAGGCGAUAAUGAAGGCGCAUAGAUCUCCACCUCACAGUUUGGUUGCUAGUACCCCCGCAGGAUAUCCUGGGUUGCCGCAGUUACCCCCUCAGCCGUAUAUACCGCCACCCGGUUCUGCGUCUAUUCACUAUCCUCAGUUUCAGAAUAAAUCCGGUACUCUGCAAUAUUCGAGUUUUGCAGUGUCGUCGCAAUCUGUGGCACAAACAAUGUACAGUACUGCCGCGUCACCGCAACAAACGCCGAGUACCGCGAAUAAACAAGCACAGCAACAAUUCUUGAUACCUCAGGCGUCUCAAGCACCACCGGGUUCUAAUCCGUAUCCACCACAAUUCGUGCCGCCGCCGCCACCACCACCGCCGCCGCCGCCACCGCCGCCACCGCCACCUCCACCGCCGACGCCGCCACCGCCACCACCACCACCGGUCACGGGAACGGCGAUAGCGAUAUCAAAGUUCCCGUCAGCGACGACGCCAACGCCGCUGUCACAUCCAGUAUCGGGCAAUCAGACAUGCUCACCGACGGCAACGGGGCAAUCGCAGAAGCAGUUUUUCAGUCACUCGGCGUCAAAGUCGUAACCUACAGAAAAAGGGUAGUAUUAAUAAAUUUGUUUUAAAUCGGUAUUAUUAUAUUACGAUUUCGAUAACGGGUGAUAUAUCUUCUGCGCGGGUUACUCAACCCACAUCUUGCCUCUACCUUGUGAAAUCAUGUGGGAUUUUAACUGCAUAAUUUUGGCAGUUUACAUUCUCUUAUAAUAUAAAAUAGAAAACAUCAGUGUGCUUGUACGCAAAAGUACGCUCGAGGGACGAACGGGAAACCGCAUAUAAAAUUUCAAUAAUUUCUCAAGUCGAAAGAAUACUCUGGUAGAAUUUAAUUCGCUGUUAUCACUUGUAAAAUUAAGUGAACAUAUUUAAAAAUCUAUCAAUAGAGCUAUCGAUUGAAUUGAUGUUUUUUUUCUCUAUUCUCUAUUAAAUCUAUUCGAUAAGAGUCGUAUGGCCUAAAGUGAUAGCCGAGUAUUUUGAGGAUAAUAGCAGAGAUGUGCGCAUUUUAGAUAGGAUAUAUUAAGAGACAAAAAGGGAAACAAUGAAAGAAAAAGGAAAGAAGAGGAGGUACUUUCGCUGCAAUGGCCAAAAGUGUAUUUUAACGAUGUACACUUUUUAUACCGGUGAAAUGAUGCCCUAAAGUAUAUAAUUAGUCCAAUAUUGAUAAAGUUAAUGCAGUUGCAGGCGCGUUCGGUUUAGGUUGAUAGCGAGAUUUCAGUUUGCGGUAUUUCCCUAAACAACCAGUUAUUAUAUGCAAUAUGCACUCUGCAUCUCAUUCAACUUCUUUGUACAUAUUGUUUGAAUAUACACAUAUGCAUAAUAUUAACGAUAUGAAAGCUAUAUUUAAUCCUAAUUAAUAGAUUACAAUCAUAACAGAUCUUAUAUGAUAUUUAGAUAAGUGGAAUAGUACUAUGUUGUGCUGUUUUCUGGCAUAUUAAAGGCAAAAGAGGCCCAGAAUUCUCUAUAUUUUAUAUUUUAUUGUAAAAUGGCAGAUUAUUUAUAAUAAAAAAUAAAUGUUAAACUUUCAAUUUGAGUUUUAUUUUGAAAACUUAAUGAGUUGUAUUAUUACUUGAUAUAUUCUGUGUACACACGCGCGCGCGCGCGCGCGCACGCACCACACACACACACACACACACACAGAGGGAGGGGAAGGAGAAGAGACUGUAACACGUUAUUGUCAUGCACAAUAAAUGUUUUUUAAUGCCGUUUUUAUUUAAAAAUGUUUAUUUAUGUCUCUGUAAAUUUACAUCGCGAUUAAUGUUAUACACCAAUGCUGUAAAAGGGCAACACAGACCUGUUAUGAUAAGUUGUACAAUGUUAUAAUACAUUUUAUUCUUGGCGAUAUUUUUAGCAAUGUAUUGGAACAUGUUUUUCAGUAACACAAAAGUUUCUAAGCAAGAAAAAGAGAUAGAGAAUAGAUUCAACUUUCUGAUGCUUGUUAUGCAUGAGUUUAUUCUUCUCUUUGGGUCAAUUUCCUAAAAGACGUCUAUUUACACCAUUCAUUGAAGUACAAAAACUUAUUAAACAGUAAAAAGUAUAUUAAAACAUAUAGGAAUAAAUUACAAUAGAAAAAAAAGAAAGAAGGAGAAAGAAGAAAAUUAUAAGCUAUUUUGUAAAAGAAUUGCUUCGCGAUUUUUUAUUUACACCGCUUAUAUUACAUAAUUAUUUAAUUAUUAGUGAGAGUGUACGUUUCUAUUUAUCUUGCUUCGAAUAAAAAACUAUGUUCAAACUGUGUAUCAAAAAACUGCAAGUUGUGCAUUGUUUGCGCACAUAUUAAUAUUUUGUUAUUUGACACAGGCUCAUGUUUAAAUAAUAAUAAUAACGAUUAUUUUUCUUUGAAACCUUAUAAUGUAGGAAAUGUAAUUCAAACGGCAACCCAGUGUACACGUAUAAUUGAAAUGAUGUAUAUUUUAUUUAAAUGUAAUUGUGAAGAAUAACAUAAUUAUUAUAUCAUGCAUAAUUAUAAUAUUGAUAUUUUCAUCACUUAUAAUAUAUAACAGAGAGAAGAAAAAAGAGAAUUUUGUAUAAAUUUGGCAGUUAGGUACAUGAAUAUAUUGUUAUAAAGAAAAAGAAGUUAAACUCUCGAAUUUUCGGCUGAAAAUUAGCUAUGAAGAUUAAUUCUCUUUUAUUUGUAAUAUGACAUUAAUUACGUAAUUUUGGCACAUACAGACUUAGACAAAAUCGAAAAUAGCGAGCGAUGACGAGCAUUGAGAGACACAACGAAGAAUUGUUUCGUUAAUGUUACAAAUUUAAGCUUUUGCAGUAUUAAGAAUCAUAAUUAGCUACUUUCCAUGGCAUUAGAAUUAUCUGGACACAUCGCUCGAAUUAAUUAUAGUACAAUUAGGCAAUAACGUUUAUUAGGGACUCGUAAAGAUUAUAACUAUGUUACAUGCUGAAUAUACCUUGCAUCGAAUGAUAAUUAGAAUCAAUUUGAAUUAAAAAAAAGAAAGUAGAGAUAACAUUAAGUUAUAAUAGCGUCACAGUUUAAAUAUGACGAUAAUGGCAAAGAUGUAUAUGCAUAUUUUAAUUUAUUACAAGAAAUGUUAGAUUUUUUAUCUUCAUAAUAGAAGCAAACUUUUCUUCUAAUUUAAAUUGCUUUUAUUAAUAAGAAAAUUGUAAUUAUGGCCAUGAUAUACGUGUUGUUCAAUACUCUGAAAAGUUUCGAGCGUGACCUUAAUGUAAUCGAUUGGUAGCGUGCAAUGUCAUUAACUCUUUCGUUACACCACGCUUGAAACUAGCAGGGCUCGUAACGCGUACGGAGGCAAUUAUUCUAUACGCAAGAAAUUGAAAAUGAAAAUACAUUAUUAUCACAAAGAUAUGUAUUAUUAAAUUUAUUGAAUAUUAAAUGUUUUACAAUAUUCAAAUGUUUUGGGCAUUUCCAUGUUGCCUCAUUUUCAGUGUUGAUAACGGCAUCUUAUAGGUAAAAUGUAAAAAUAAAUAUAGUUAAUUGGAUAUAAUGUGUGGACAUAUACGUACAAUGCGUUCCAGAACUGGUGGUACAAGCGGAAAGGGACUUGGCUGUAUCUAAUUUCAACGGAACUAUACGUUAUCUCUAGAAACAUUUGUGUUCUUAAACAUCAAAAGACUACAUGUGGAAGAUGAAAAUUGGGUUUAAUUUUUAAGAAUUUUAUUUUAUUAAUAACGCAUAGUUAGAGCUCCGUUGAAACCGGAUAUAGCUAAGUAUACACUCAUACCUGGAAUACUCAAAGCUGUUUUCUUGAAAACCAAGGCUUUGUACAAGAAAUGUUCGUCCUACUUUUUGACUCAUUUCUUCAUAUAGAAUUAUUACCUUCUCGCUCAUACCAUCAAUUGUAGGACACAUUGUAUUUAGUACACACGCUUUUCGUAUAUGAUCAUGAAGAAUAUAUAUACACGCUCUCUGUAAAUGCUCGUCCAUUUUUCAAAGAGCGUAAAUAAUUUACAUCGUAAUUGUUCACUCUGUAUGGAUGUGUGUGUGUGUGUGUGUGUGUGUGUGUGUGUGUGCGCGUGCGUGUGUGCGUGUGGGUGCAUAUAUGUACAUAUACAUGCCUUUUGUAGCGAAAGAGUCAACACAUUAUAAAUUUUUAUUUUGGAAGUUAAGAAAGCAAAAAAAGCAGGAAUUUUCUAUGAUAAAUAAUAAAAACCAUUGGAAAGAUUUCGACGAGUAUUAUGGCAAUUUUUUUGUAUGUUAUAUAGAAAUCGAAAGGGGAAGAAUUAAUAGACAUAAUAGACAUUAUGUCAAUAAAUCGAAAUUUUUAUUUAAAAAAGAAAAAUAACAGGAGCAUCUAAAGUAUGAUGGGCUGCAUAUUAUGCAUCUAAUUCAAACAGAGUUUUUAAUAAACGUGUGAAUAAACAAGAGAUGUACGCGAUUUACUUGUAUUAAGUUUUAUUAAUACUCAGUUGUAAGCAAAUAUCAAAGUCUAGAGAUUAUAAUUGAGCAUCAGAUUAUUGAGUUGUAAUAUCCAUAUGAUUCGCAAUGUGAAAGUAUUCUCAGAAAAUUUCUGUGGAUACGUGCAUGCGUAUCGCACGGAUCCCUUCCCUUUCCGGAAUCGAACGAUGAGAAAAAGCCUCUUACAAUGUUUCAAUUGCAAUUUUUAAAUAUAAGCAGAUAUAUUUUUAGCAUUUGGUAUUUACUUUGUACUUUAGCGAAUAUUUUGUAAUAAAAAAGAGUAUAGUAUAUUAUAAGUUAUAAAUUAUUACGGAUGCGGUGGAAUAUAGAAUACAGAACGAAUAGGGAAUGUACAGCGUAUGUGUGUUUCGCCACCUGAACACACAAUGAAAACUUGUAAAUAUUUUUGUAAGAUAAAUUUAAAUAUUGAUAUAUACAUAUAUAUAUAUAUAUAUAUAUGUAUAAUAUGUGUGUGUGUGUGUGCGCGCGCGCGUGUGUGUAUACAUAUAUGUAUAUUGAUCUAUAUAUGUAUAUCCUCCGAGCUGUCAUUUGAGAUUCGAAUCAGAGAAAUCAGAAGAACAAGCUGCAGUAUCGAUUAUUUUGCAGUUUUCAAAUUCCAUUGUUUAUUAUCCGUUACACAAUUCCCCGCGUAUUAUAUAUAUAUAUAUAUAUAUGAAGAUAUUCUGAUAACAAGCAGAUAUAACAUAUGACUUUGUUAUUAAAAUAUCUGAUAGUAUAAAAACAAAUCGUUACAGCGACCGUUUCAAUGUUGUAAAUAAAAAUACAAGAGCCAUAGCAGUUAUAUAUUAUUAUUAUUAUUAUAAUUAUAUUCGGCGCGUGUGCGCGUACAUAUAUAUUCAACUUUAAAAUAGGCUGAGGAUACAUAGAAUUUUUUAAUUUGCGAUUUACUGUUAUAUGUGCCUAGUUAUAGCCACACAUGUUACAUCAUUACAUAUUACACACUGUAUGAUAAUUUAAUCCACGGCUACCAAUUAUAUAAUUAAUGUAACAAGAGUUCUUCGAUAUCAAACUCACUAUAUGUGGUAUAUUAUUAUUAUUAUUAUUAUUAUUAUUAUUAUUAUUAUUAUUAUGGCGUAACGUGUAAAGAGCUCAUAUUUAGGCAUACGCGAAAUUUAAUAAAUCGGAAUACAUUUUACGAAUUAA